GCGCACGACUGUCUCUUCAGACUGAAGAGAACAGCGCACGACGGUGGACGCAACUUGUCGGGAGCUCAUUCAACCUGCACAGUUUUUGUCAAAUACUGUCACCAAAGUGACCACAAGGGGAAAGAGACUAUUUACACAGGUUCAUCGUUCAAUACUGACACAGUUUGAAGAUCUCGACUGUUGGAUUUGAGCAGCUAUUGCAAACAGACGAAGGCUGUUGGAAAACAAACUAUUUGGGGAUGAAUCGCUGUACGGCUGCUUUACUUUUGCUCGUCAUCGCAGUUUAUUCACUAAACACAGAGGCAUAUAAGUGCAGGUGCACAAGGAAAGGACCGAAGAUUCGAUACAAAGAUGUGCAAAAGCUGGAGAUAAAACCCAAACAUCCAUACUGCCAUGAAAAGAUGAUUUUUGUCACUAUGGAGAAUGUGGCGCGUUUCAAAGGUCAGGAAUAUUGCCUGCAUCCCAGACUCCAGAGCACUAAGAACCUUGUCAAGUUGUUCAAAAUCUGGAAGGACAAGCACAGGGUGUAUGAGGCCUAAACGUAUAAUAUGCACAAGGCUGAGAACAUUGUGGGGCGCACAACACUACCAGUAAAUUGUGGAUGACCAGAGGACCAAAUUUUCAAGCACAAAAAUGCCCAGUCAUGCUUACCAGUCGGUUUAAUUUAUAUGAAUGUGUUAUAAUUUAUAGUCAGACAAAAAUGCUUAUUAUACAGUGUAUAAAUGGAGAAAAGUCCCUGUGAGUCAGCACCAUCUAUAAGAAGUGAUCUUUACAUUUUUGCAAUGUCUUCUGAAGUAUCAGUUCUUGCUCUGGAUUCAUUGUGUUGUCGCAUACAAAGGGUUCCUGACACUUGCAAUAGGAUCUUGUCUGGUUUGAAAAAAUACUGUGAUACACUAUCCACAAGUGUCAAAGUAGAAACAACUGUGUAAAAAGUGUGUGAUAUGCCAAUAUUCAAAUGGUAAAAGUAAGCACCGUCACCAUCUACAAUCAUUUGGCAAAGUUGUUUUAUUCAAACAGACAUUUAGUCUUGCUCAAGUUUGCCAGAGAAACUUUAUUUAACUUACCCAGAUAUCACGUAAGGAAUAAUUGACGACAGUCCAUUGAAUUAUUUGAAAAUAAUGCACAACACAAAAUUAUUUUCAUAUAAUUCAAAGGACCCGAGUCAAUUAUUUCACUUAUACCACGGAUAACACAAACAUUGCUCUGGUGGUUAUUUUAAGACAUUUGACAGGUCAGGUGUGCAUUUUACAGAAAAAUAAUCAACACCCAUGGAACAUUGCUUAACCAAUCAGAAUAAAGCAUUUAACAGGCCCGUGGUAUAAUCUAUAUUUACACACAUACAUUACUCCUCAAUGGACAUAUACUGCCACAUUACAAGCUGCAUGAGUGCCGGGGCCUGCAGUGUUUAACAUGAAGCUUUUUAUAUCAUACUGGCAUUCCUAUCAGCACAUUAUGAACUAUGUGUGCUUCCUCUAUGAGGUGUGCAGGUUUUGUAAGCUGUUGUUUGUCACUUGUUUAUUCUUGUCUCUUUGUACAUCAAAUUGUAUGUACUGUAUAAGCACACAACAUAGGUUCUUGUGUAUAAACCACCUUGCCUAGUGUAGCUUGUUCAGAGUUUCUUAGUGAGGCCUAUGUAUUGUAUUACAGAAUUGUUGUUUUACUAUUUAAAUAAUAAAUCAUAGAAAUGUUUGAGUCAAAUCCAAGGAGUGUAAUCUUCUAAGCACAGCAAUAAAUAUUUCAAUAAAUCAGA